AUGUCGCGCAGUACUGUCUUCGGUCCUGGAUCACAGUUUUCUUUUACUAAGUUUGGUGCCUUGAGGCGUACCAAUAGUAACGUUGUGCUGAAUAGACGUGUAAAAGAUAUUUUUAGACUCGAGAACCAGAAACACAUACGCAGUGACGUGGGCCGUGAGCGACGGUAUCGUUUCUGCACAAAGUGUGGCAUUACAACAGUGACAAUUAACUUUAACGCGGUUCCAUCCGCACGCAUAGGACUUUGGGGUCGUUGUGUCAACGACAAGGACUACACUCAUCACAACUUUGUGGAGCUUUCUCAUCGGGAGUACGAACAGCUUCGUGAUUCGCCAGUGGAGAAGCGGGUGCAUUGGUGGCGCUAUGAGCGACAUUGA